UCUCUGCAAUGUAAGCAAAAUCUAUUUGAAGCUUACUGUGGAAUUCGGUUUUAUGAUACAACAAUAAAUAUACAUCUUUUACAGAAGAAAAUCGUAAUAAAAGUAGAAGUCCAAGCAAAGGUUCAGAUUCUAACUUCACAACAACUGCAUCUGGCAAACCUGGAAGAAAACGGAACUCCAGCCCAAAUUUAACAGAGGAGCAGCACAGCUGCAGUGCGUCUGAGGACCUCCUGGGAAUCGAAUUGGAGGCUGACAGCGCUGGUCAUCUGGAGGAUGAGCACUGCAACAGCAUGAGUCAGGAGGACACUGAACAAGGGAUGAGUACAUUCAGUUCAGAAGUGCAUCAUAUUUAUGAAGCCAGUGAUAAAGGAAAUCAGAAAUGCAAGGAGCAGAGCCAAUCCUACAACCUUAAAGAACUCUCUGGCAAAAUGUAUUUGGUUACUACAGAAACAGAGAGACACACUGCAGCUGAUGUAUUCACUGCAGAAACAGCAGAUACCUGCUGGGAAAACGAACCCAAACCCAUAGAUUGUGAAACCCCCCAUGGAAGGUAUGUUUCAGAUUGUUGCACAGCAGAUACACAGGGGGCUGGUUUGACUCGGUGUGAUUUUACUCAGGAUUUCCAGGGGAGCCAAGUCACAGCACACCGAGCGAUGCACAUGCUGCCUGAUAGGAAGAGCUCUCGUGGGAGAGAAGAAAGCAGCUGUUUGAGUGAACGGCUGAACCCAGAGACUUUCGGGAAAAGGUUACUGAACCUUGAUAAGAGCACCUUGACCCAAACGGUGAGCAAUUGCUCUCAGACUCUGAGAAAAUACAAGCUUUCUGACAGCCAACAAAUGCAAUCUCCCAGGAGCUUGGAGGGCAGUGUGGGAGUGGACAAGGAGAAUAAGUGCAUGGCCACAUUAACACGGGCCAUGUCUCCUUCAGAUAGCUCCCCAUUAACCCCUAUCCAAAUGAACUGGGAAAUGGACCAGAGUCCAACUAAAAGAGCAAAAACUGAGGAGAACACGUGCAGCACCCUGGCAAUGGGUCAGGAUUCCCAGGGAAACAAGGUCAUUUCCCACCGCAACAUGAUGGGGAGAGCUGGGAAUAGCCCUUUGAAAGGCAAAACAAACCAGACCCAGAGCAGGAGGACUAGCAUGAAUAGAUAUUCCAACACAGCACUAUCAGGCAGAGAUACAAUCCAGGAUGACAAGGACUGUGACUCUCGGCCAUAUCCACUGUUUACACAGGACUUUGAGGGAAACAUGGUGAUGAAACAUUUCUAACAUUUCUGCUGUUUACACAAAGACAGGAAAGUGGAUGCUGCUAAUUUCUUGAACUGAAGCUGACCUGUUUUUGGUUGCCCAGUCUCUUGUUUUUCUUCUUCUGGCAAUAUAUCCCUAUAUUACAUUUUUAAGUGAGUAGGUGAUGAUGUGUGUUCUCAUCCUUCAGUGUUUAUGGAGUCAUUUUCUUUUUUUGGAAUAGUGAUUUAAAUGGUUAAUGCCGAGCUGUAAUCUAUACUGCAUCACAAGAAUGUAUCGUGUUGUUUUCAUACAUUUAAAAUGUUCUCUUUCUUGUCGCAGUUGUAUUGUGCUGAAUUCAUCGUACUGUGUUUUGUUUGAUGUAUCUUUGUACUUGAGCUGUACUGGGUUUGUUAUGAUUUUAAACAAAUCCUCGCAAAAGCAGCAGUAACUAAGUCUUUCCACUUGAAUGUCCUUUUAGCACUGGUCAUUCCAGCUGGGGUUUAGCUUUUGAACACUAUCCUCUCCACCCUGCAGGGCUAACAGGGAUCUGUGAAGCUUUCUGUAUAAAUGAACACUAUUCUCUCCACCCUGCAGUGCUAACAGGGAUCUGUG